AUGCCACCCCUCACUGAGCCAUGUAGUCAGAAUCUCUUCAUGACUGCUCUUGCUGAGAUGGAAAUGAACCCAGGCCAGACACCUGCAUUCAUGACAAAUUUCGGCAGCCUGUUCUAUGAGACUGCCAUGUGGAUGGUCAAGUCCCAAGGCGAGAUCUCUGCCGCCUGGGUGAACCCUGACAGGACCAGUGCCCACACGUGCCCUCCCUCUCCUCUCCCACAAGCUGACAGGUGA